AUGAGGCAUCUCCCGGCAAGCCCCCGCCAAGGGUCCCCCGCCCUCGCGCCGCGACGCCUCUCUGAAGAGCUCGGAGACUUCUCAUUCUCCAGCGAUGAGUAUGACGAUGAAGAGGACAACGACUACAACAACAGCGACAAUGUAGACGGCCAACUGGAUGAGGUUGAGGAGGGUGAGAAGGGUGAGAGCUGCGACGGCAUCAUGACCCCUACCUCAUCGCGCAAGUCGUCACAUAGCGUAGACGGCUUCUUCAACGAGGUCCAUGUCUACAAGAAGCAGCAUCGCCAAACCCAAUAUCAGCAACUUCAGCAGCUCCAGGACACAACAUCCGAGUCGGAGCGCACUGAAAAGAGGAACAACAGCCGUCCCUCGACGGCCGUCUCCAUGCCGCCCUUCCGUCGCGCCUCCACCUGCCCCGUGCUGCCCGACGACUUCAUCUCGAGCGCCGCCGACGAAGUUGUCAAGAUCAUGCCCGACCAGGCGGCCUUCAUGAAGCGCAUGGUCGAGGGCUGGAGGGAGAUUCAGCGCCGCUCGUCCGUGAGCACCAUGUCCCCCGUCUCGCCCGCGAGCGCCGUCUCACCCACCAUGGCCGCCUCCCCCAAGAGGCCGCACACGGCGCCUUCACCUCUCUACCCGCCUCCCAUGUCCUUCGCCUCCUUUCCGCAAACCGUUCCCGAGAGGGAUGAGCCCGAGAGCCCCACGGACUCGGUGGGGAGCUUCUCCGGGAUGAUAGAGAAGCUGGAAACGGUCCAGGAGACGCUCGACGAGCUCCGGGACCUGGCCAAGCAGCAGGCCGGCGCCGCCAUCGCCUCGACAUCGGCGAGCACGGCCGAGCAGGAUGCAAAGUUUGCCGUCGUCCACAAGUGCAUCGACACUAUUGGCAGAGUGUGCGACAGGGCUCCCGAGCAGGAGUGGGAUGCCCGGUACCAUCAAGGCAAUCUUGAUGAGCGAUGCGUGCAGGCCCUCGUCCAGAUUUGUGAAAUGUUUGCGCGCGAGACCGCCGAGCAGGACCCGUACCGCUUCGGGUCCGGUUUCAUCGCCGAGGAGAGUGAGGACGACGAUGUCGAGUAUGAGGGAGAGGACGAGGACGAGGACGAGGACGGCAGUGAGAGCGACCGAGAGAGUGAAUACGAGGAUGACGACAAAUACGACGAUGAGGAACUCCGCGUGGACUCUGACCCUACCGAGUACGAAUCCGGAGACUUCCUCGGUGAGCCACCGACGGUAGAAUCGGACAAGACCCUCCCCCGUCGGCUUCCGUCACCAGUCAGGAGAUCAACAACGCCCACCCGGCCAAAAACCGCCGAGCCGAGAGUCGAGAGGCCCGACACGCCCCGCCGACGAGCCCGGCUCGUUCGCGAGGCCAAGGCGGAGCUCGAGGCUCUCUUCUCCGAGUGGACCAAACCAGAAAACUCCUUCGAAGAGCGACAUUCCCGCAUCGUAUACGCCGCCGAGGCCUAUCAUCUACGCCUCGUGGAUAUGAAGUCGUCCCACGAGUGCGAGUUCAAGUGGAAGGACGAGCUCAGGACGUACCACGACAAAAUCAAGGACAGGGGCCCGUUUGGCCCAAACGUAUGGACCGUUGUCGACCUGGCGCUACCCUUGGCUCAGUGCUUGCUGGGCCUGGUGCUUCUGGUGGUUCAUGUCUUUGGCCUUAGCAGGUGGAUAAUGAGACCGCAGUCCUUCUUGGCGUUCCUGGCUGUGUGGGUGGCAAGCAUAUUCGGCUUGGCCCGCUGUUGGGAAGUUGAGGCGAGAGAAAAGUUAUACGAGGAGAUGCUGCCUGCCGAGGCCAGAGACAUGCGCAAAAAGCAUGAGCGCGAGCUGGUGCUUCUCAAGGCGGCCCAUGACCGUGCCGUUCAGCGUAUCUAUCUCCCGGAGCAGCAGUCUUGGUCGUGA